AUGGAUGCCAAGGAAAUCGAAUUCAAAGCCAAAGCUUUGACAAAGGCCGCGACGUCCAGCGAACCCCCGGCAAACUUGAUCAACAUACUGAAGGAGCUCCAGAAAGGCGUUCGACCUACAGAGGACCUACUGCGCUCGACACGUAUCGGUAUCGUGGUUAAUAAGUUGAAACAACAUAAGUCCCCCGAUGUUGCGCGCCUGUCGUCCGAGAUUGUGUCCAAAUGGCGAAGUGAGGUAAACAAACAGAAGUCAAAUGGCUCACCGAACCCGCAUCGCUCGAGUACCCCCAAUACCGGCACAGCAUCCCCUGCGCCUGCAAGCACUCCGUCUUCCAAAUCUUCCGUACUGCCAGAGAAGCGGUCAUGGAAAGCAGAUGGCGUCGAGACUAGUGUGACGUCUAAUAAGACCCGCGACAGCUGUCUUGGUCUUAUAUACGAUGGGUUGUGUUUUAUGUCUACUGAAGCUCCGAAGGUUGUUUUAGCCAAAGCAACUGCCGUGGAGGCGGCUGCAUUCAAUGCGUUUGGACCCGAAACAAAGGAACAAUACAAAACCAAAAUUCGAAGUCUGUUCCAGAAUUUGAAGAAUAAAUCAAAUCCCCAGCUCCGACAGCGCGUGCUAUCUAACGAAAUAACACCGGAGAAAUUCGUCAAAAUGACUCAUGACGAACUCAAGUCUGAAGAACGGAGGGCGGCAGAUAUGAAAAUUCAAAAGGAAAACAUGGACAAAGCAAUGGUGGCUCAGGCCGAGCGAAGUGUCAGUUCGAGCUUACAAUGUGGCAAAUGUGGUCAGCGCAAGGUUACCUAUACCGAAGCUCAGACGCGCAGUGCCGAUGAACCGAUGACAUUAUUUUGUACGUGUCUGAAUUGCGGAAAGUCGUGGAAGCAGUAG